AUGGCUCAAGAGAAUAGUGUACCCAUUACUCCGUCAAUCUCCGGUGACCCAGCAAUCGUCUCCGGAACCGUGGCUUCUGGUCUUGCGAAGCUUGGUUCUGAGGAAGGACGCCGAGAGCCGCUCGCGGAUGUCUCAGCAAACACCCAGAACGCCGCUGCUGGGGCAAAGCGAUCUCAUGAUGACGCCUUGGAGAAGCCAUCUGCAAGCGUAGAUGAGAUCAUGGCUUCAGCUAAAAAUGCGCUUCUCAAUAUUGAUAAACAUGCCACACUGGCGCGAGACGUGGAGCUGCAGACUGCUGUGCGCACAGGAUCUGUCGGGGGUGUAUUGAGAGAUGAAGCUUUUAGGGCUGCGAGAGAAGACGAGCGACAUAUCAACCGCCAAACCCUCGAUGCUCUCCAGAAGGCUGCAGACCUCUCUAACGAACAGCUCGCCAGUCUCGAGCACGAUAUCGUCAUAUCACAGAUGACUCGUCCGUCCAUGGCGUCUCCUCCCCACGACACCCCGUUUUCCGAGGUGAAAACCGUCGAAGACGUCGACAACAAGCACGUCCGCCAGACUGUCCGCGAGUGGAUCACGUCCAACAUCCCGCAUAACAAACAGUCUGGGGUUCGUACCGCGAUCUUCGAUAUUCUAUGGGCGCUUGUGCCGGCUAACACACGCUCUCAAAUGAAGCAUACGGAGGAAGCCUAUGAAUUAGGGUUGAAAAAACCUCCCGGAGGUGACGUCGCCCUAUCAGAUCACGAGGGCGAAGUCAACAACGACAUCCUACGUGAACCCCAUUCCGGGAGUCCAGAGGCUGCUCGCACUGGAGAAGGCCAUGCCUCCAAGAAACGAAAGAUAUCCGAUGCAUCCAGUCCUCCUCCGAAGAAGAAAGAAGAUGAUCUUCCGGACCUCGCUCUGGUCAAACUAGACCGCAACUCCGAUGGAAGAGUCCCCGUCUACGAAACCUGUGACAUGGUCCGUCGCAAGAUCGAUGCCUACCUCCGCCAAACGGGUCUCUCCAACGCUGCCUUUUGCCGCGCCGUCACUGAUGCAACCCACAUUUCCUUCAGUGGUACGCAGCUGUCGUCGUUCCGCAGCAAGAAGGGUUAUGACAGAGGCAACACGUCUACAGCAUUCUAUGCUUGCUACAUCUACUUUGAGAAACUCCGCAUCAAAGAGGGCAAGCCAAAGAGCAAAGACAGACUCAAGAUGGAAGAGUUGUGGGCGAAAGAGGGUGGUUUCAACAUCGAGACGGCGGGGCAUAACAAGGCUAUGUCUAUGAGGAUGGGCGAGAGAUUCACUGUGAAUAAGUACGGCCAAGUGAAGAUGUAUCAUCUAGAUGGAAGAGUUGACGACUUCAGUGAAGAUGUUAUGUAA